ACAUGAAAGAGUCCAGAGGGAGCAGACGGUGGUUGAUAUUCUUGGAGGGCGGCUGGUACUGCUUCAACAAAGAGAACUGUGACAGCCGAUACGACACCAUGAGGAGACUGAUGAGCUCGUCCAAGUGGCCUCAAACCAAAACAGGCACAGGGAUCCUGUCUCCACUCCCAGAGGAAAACCCUCACUGGUGGAACGCCAACAUGGUGUUCAUCCCCUACUGCUCUAGUGAUGUGUGGAGUGGUGCCUCAGCCAAGACAGACCACAGUGGCUACGCCUUCAUGGGGUCUCUGAUCAUUCAGGAGGUCGUGAAGGAUCUGCUGACCAAGGGGCUUGACAACGCCAAGGUUCUACUACUGGCUGGCAGCAGUGCGGGGGGGACGGGGGUCCUGUUGAACGUGGACCCUGUGGCUGAGCUGCUGGAGGGGUUGGGGCACCCUGGGAUCCAGGUGAGGGGUCUGGCUGACUCGGGCUGGUUCCUGGACAACAAGCAGUACCGAUCUACUGACUGUCACGACACCAUCAGCUGUGCCCCCACGGAGGCCAUCAAGAGAGGCAUCAAGUACUGGGGCAGCGUUGUGCCAGAGAGGUGUAGACAGGUCCACCUGGGGGAGGAGUGGAACUGUUUCUUUGGCUACAGAGUGUUCCCCUCCAUAAAGAGCCCAGUGUUCGUGGUCCAGUGGUUGUUCGACGAGGCCCAGCUGACCGUGGACAACAUCCAUCUGACCGGUCAGCCCGUCCAGGAGGGGCAGUGGCGGUACAUCCAGAACCUAGGCAUCGAGCUGAGGAACACGCUCAAAGAUGUCCCGGCCAUGUUUGCUCCAGCUUGCCUCUCACAUGAAGUCAUCACAAGGAAUUACUGGAUCGACGUUCAGGUCAAAGGCACCUCCCUUCCCCGAGCCCUGCACUGCUGGGACCGCAGUCUCCAAGACAACAGCCGGAACAACAAGGCCCCGCCCAAGGGCUGCCCCGUCCAUUUGAUUGACAGCUGCCCCUGGCCACACUGCAACCCCACCUGCCCCACCAUCCGGGACCAGUUCACGGGCCAGGAGAUGAACGUGAUCCAGUUCCUCAUGCACAUGGGCUUUGACGUGCAGAAGAUGGCCCAGCAGCAGGGAAUGGACCCCAGCAAGCUACUGGGGAUGCUCAGCAGCGGGAGCUAAGGAGACAGGAGUAAAGUCUUAGUACAGUAGACUAAACCAGGGGGCUAUGGGGCCAAAUCCUAACUUUGAGAUCCCAGAAUUUUUUUUUUUUUGAAAUACUUGUUUUAAUCUCCGGUUGACAUCAAUGUUUGAUUUAAAGGGAUAGUUCACUUUUGGGGGAGUGGGGGGAUUUUAGCUUAUUUUUAACUUGAAGUAUCCUUUUAAGCAAAAGACUUUUGAGUUUUGUGUGGAUCUCAAGGUAGGAUUCGACACCAAGUCUGGUCCCCACAUCUGAUACCUCCAGCUCUGCUCCCCAUGUUCCCUGUCCCCAUCCCAUUCACCUCAGCCCUAACCUCAGUCACACCUAAGGGCUACAGUCUGACCCCUGACCCCUCACCCCCAACCCACCCGACAGAGCCUCUCACAACCCAGUACUAUUAGGAGUACUAGGGCAAACACUCCACAUAGACAAGGCACACCUCUCUGCUACUCUCCUUAAAUUAUCUUUUGGUUGGGAAAGAAAAAGAAUAAUCACGAAUGUAAUCCAGUUUUAAGGAUGCUCAUUGUUUAGUUGCUAUUUGCUCUGUUUGUUUUUUUGUUUUUUACCUUAACUUUUAUCCUGUGUCGGUUGUUUUUAAUUGUGUCAUUGUUAAAAAAGGCAGCAAUGACUUAAGGAAGUGUUUUAAAGGAGUCUAUGUAAAAUAUAUGAAGUAAACACAAUGCUUAAGUCUGUCUAACUGUGGGUCUCUUCUACCAUAGCAUUUUCUCCUCAAGUCAAGAACAGGCGCAUACACACAUUAAAGGUGUGGAAAGCACUGGACAAGUAGUCCUUCUCUAAGGAGGCAGUGACUGCUUCCCAAAUGCCACCCUAUUCCCUAUAUAGUGCACUACUUUUGACCAGGCACUAGGGUGGCACUAGGGUGCCAUUUGGGAUGCAACAAUAACAUGGAAAUAACUGUGGAUUAUUCAGUGAGGUGAAACGUUCAGAAUGUUACAGAUAGAAAUGGAACGAAUAGAUCAGACACGAUUCCCAAUAUUAACUUGCCAGAUAUCACAUCUACACAACACAUAUCUAUCUGAACGUUCUGUAACCCUUGCACCCUCCUGAACAGGGUCAGUAUUUACCCCCGUCUCAUCUCCAAAGCAGUGGAGGGUUGGGAAAAGAGUGGAAAGAGAGAGGCAGGAUGAGAAAGGAAGAAUGCAGCAACCCAGCUCUCACCGCUGAUCAUCACCACAGCACACUGUAACAACAACUGCAUCAGACUGUUCUUAAUGUGAUGCUAGGCAACACAUGAAACAAAUCACCAGCUGGCUGACAGUUUGUUACUCCAUGGCUUGAUGCGGUAUCAUAAAGGCAUAACGGCUGCAACCCGGAAUUGACCAGUCAGAUUGCGAGACCGGAAUGAACCUUUAUAUAAUGAGCAAUACACGUUCAGGUUCAUUUGAAAACUGCAGGAAUUGUAUGAGGACCAAUGAGAACUUAGACACAACCACCAAAGGUAUUGAUUGGGUGUCACCUAUUGGCAAUUGGAGGAACAUCAUGAAAGUUCAACCAAAGGUUUCUCACGGGGCUUCCAACUAAAGAAAUUAUGAUUCAGAUGGUUGUGGUACAGAAGAGUCCAUUAUACCGGUAACUACAGUCCUUACCUUGACACAGGUAGACAUGGUUCAGAUCCUAAAGGUAUUGAACACAGAAACAGAAUUCUAGAGGAAUUCUGAUUCUAUGAUUGACCAUAAAGUAGGAUCUCAUUUCCACACCGUGCCAGUCUAGAGUUCUACGGUGCUCUCCCUGAUUUGUGGUGCUCAGAUGGGUCUCAGUGCUGGUGGGCCUUGAUUUAGCAUGUGUGGCACAAUGAAAACAAUAGAAUAGUCCCAAAAGUGCAAGCCACUCACCCUCCCCAGCUAACACUCCUCCACGCAGGCUCAAUCAAACACUCAAAGUAUCUGAAAAUGAAACAAAAACUGCAUGAAUCCAGGUUCUGUAGGUCACUCACACAGGCCCACUAAUAGUUAAUCUAUACCACAGUGCCAAUGCAUGUAGUCCUCUUUACCUCUCAACAGAAUCAUCAGCUAUGCUCCUUUUUAGUCAGCCAUGACAGUUUCCAUGCAUACAGUAUAUCACCGCAUCAGAAGGUGAACUACACAUUAGAUGGGCUUUGUUGAACAACAAACUGUAGAAUCAAUGCAAUUUCCAUUCAAAUGGAGAAGAACAUCACAUACUGGAUUCUUUUUGUCUGAGUGUAUAGGUUAUUUUUAAGUGUUCACUAUUGUAACUCCUUCUCUUUAUAUUUUGUAAUAGAAAAUCACUUUUUAAUAUAAUGAUAAUGUUGUAUGUACUGUAAUGCUCAAUGUUAAGUCAUAUGAACGAUGUUUUAAAGGACCUCUCAGCAGAUGCCAGAGAAGGAAAGGUAUUACUCAUUGUCAUUUUGUUCUGUAACAUAUUUUUUAACAGAGAACUCAAGCUACAUUGGUAAUUUACAUAUUUAUUUUGUUAUGUAAAUCAUAUUUAUAAGUGCUAUAUUCACAGAGAAGUGAUUCUUUGUAAAUUGUAAAUAUA